AUGGCGGAAAAACACAAGGCAGAAGCGGUCCAGGGGAAGGGGCGUCCUGGGGAAUCCAAAAGCCGACAAGCACUAGAGAGGCGUCGCGAACAGCUACGCAUAGCGCAAAAAGCGUAUCGCACGCGAAAAGAGAACACCAUUGGCAACCUCCAGGAUCGUGUCCACGAGCUUGAGGGUGGCAUUGAACAGCUCAGCCUAUCCUUUCUGACCUUCAGUAAUCUGCUUCUGGAAACCGGUCUGCUUGAAAGGAAUUCACUUGUCACGUCAGCCCUUCGCAAGAUAACUCAACAGACCCUUUUGCUUGCUGAAACUGGAUGUGCGGACCCGGAUAAUGGCGCUCUCGUCAAGGUUGUUGGUGCCACUUCAUCCACUGCAGUUGACAAUGAUGAAAAAUGCAGUGAUAGUAGCCCAAGGGUUUCGUCAAAGGAACAAGUUCCUACCGGACUCUCAUCAACCCCGACGCAAUGGGAUGAUUUGCCACCAUUAUACACACAAUCAUCCAUUUACCAAGACCAACCGAAGCCCCCUAUCAGCGUUGCCAUGGCUCCGCUCGCUGAUGAGUCGCAUAGUCCGUUCUCAUCACUACCAGGCCACUACCCAGCCGUUGCUCUCGCUACCUCUACCAAGGAUGAGCAGUGGACCUUCUCACGGUAUCUAGUAAAAGUGUGUUGUCAAAAUGGGUAUCAGCUCCUCGUCAACACUCCGAACGACUUUACGAAGAUUCAAGAAGUUUUCGGGCCAUCUAUGCCUCCAACUAAGCGCAAUAAUCUCCUUUCUUGUAUCCAUGCUGGAAUACAUGACAAGACUGGAGGCCUCAUUGAUCUCAUGGCAACGGUACUCGCCCCCUUGUAUUCCAAGAGAGAUGGUAACGCCUCGGAAGAGUUGCCAGCCCUGGCUGAAGAAUUGGGAGACAGCGAAUGGCUAGAUGCGAGUGGUGUACAGAGACUUCUCAACGAGAGGGGACUUUACACCCGGCAGAGUGGUCGCCCAUUGUUUCGCUCAAGCCUUAUCUCCUCACCUCAGGUUGCGGCACUUGUUCAGUACCUUGCUACUGAGUGCGUUUGCUUCGGAAUUGGCCCGGCAUUUCGACGCCAAACUGUUGCGGCUGCAUUAAACCUUUCAGGGAUGCCAUGA